UAAAAGACCAUAAAGAAUUAGAAAGGAGACGCUGUCCUACCGCUCCCUCCCUCCACCUCCUCCUUUGUCCUUCGGUCACUGGACCUUGGAGCUCGUCCUUCCUCACACCGACCCCGUCCAUGGAGAAGCCGUCGCGCGACGACUCUGGCGGGUGGGCGGAGCUGGAGUACCAGUCUGGGUUCGGCAACCACUUCUCAUCGGAGGCGCUGCCGGGGGCGCUGCCAACGGGGCAAAACAACCCCCUCCUCUGCCCCUAUGGCCUCUACGCCGAGCAGAUCUCUGGCACGGCCUUCACCGCCCCUCGCAAGCAAAACCAGAGGAGCUGGUUAUAUCGUAUAAAGCCAUCUGUUACUCAUGAGCCAUUCCACCCUCGCAUUCCUGGCCAUAAACACCUUGUCAGUGAGUUCAACCAGUUAACAAGCUCUGUUACACCUACUCAGUUGCGCUGGAAGCCUGCAGAUGUUCCUGAUGCUCCAACUGAUUUCAUUGAUGGGUUGUAUACCAUCUGUGGAGCAGGGAGCUCUUUCCUUCGACAUGGAUAUGCCAUCCACAUGUAUGCUGCUAACAAAUCUAUGGAUGGUUGCGCCUUUUGCAAUGCUGAUGGCGAUUUUUUAAUAGUUCCCCAGAAAGGAAGAUUAUUGAUCACAACUGAAUGUGGAAAACUGCAAGUAUCUCCUGGUGAAAUGGUUGUUCUCCCACAAGGAUUUCGUUUUGCCAUUGACUUGCCUGAUGGCCCCUCACGCGGUUAUGUUGCUGAAGUUUUUGGCACCCAUUUUCAACUUCCUGAGCUUGGCCCGAUAGGUGCUAAUGGUCUGGCUUCUCCAAGGGAUUUUCUUGCUCCCACAGCUUGGUUCGAAGAAAGUUUCCUUCCAGGAUACACAAUUGUGCAGAAGUUUGGUGGUGAACUGUUCACUGCAAAACAAGAUUUUUCUCCAUUUAAUGUGGUUGCUUGGCAUGGAAAUUAUGUACCAUAUAAGUAUGACCUGAGUAAAUUUUGCCCAUAUAAUACUGUAUUAGUCGAUCAUGGAGACCCUUCGAUAAACACAGUACUGACAGCCCCAUCUGAUAAAGUUGGUGUUGCGUUGCUUGAUUUUGUGAUUUUCCCACCUCGAUGGUUAGUUGCCGAGCAUACCUUUCGACCUCCUUAUUACCAUCGCAAUUGUAUGAGUGAAUUCAUGGGUUUAAUUUACGGGAUAUAUGAGGCUAAAGCUGAUGGAUUUCUUCCUGGAGGUGCUAGCCUACAUAGCUGCAUGACACCGCAUGGACCUGAUACGAAGACAUACGAGGCAACCAUUGCUCGUGGUGAGGAUGCUGAGCCAUUGAGAAUAAGUGGUACUGUGGCCUUCAUGUUUGAGUCUUCCCUUAUCCCUCGUGUCUGCCCGUGGGCUCUCGAGUCCCCAAAUGUCGAUGCUGACUACUACCGGUGCUGGAUUGGCCUGAGGUCGCACUUUUCCUGCAAUGGGAGACAAGCAGUAAACUCAAGUCUCACCGCAAAUAGUGGAGAAGUUCUCCUUGGAGAUAAAUGUGGUGCAUGAUCAUGGAACCAGUGAUUGAUGCGCACCUGUUGCUGAAUUGUUCAAGGAGCUAUGUUGUACGUGUCUCAGCAACAUAAUAUCCAUAGAAAAUAAAGAUGUAAAAUAAAAAGAACGAAUGGACACCAAAAGUAUGUAAGUCUUGCAUAUUGAAUUAAGCCCCGGAUAAUUCUGACAACCAAGGAACUUUCAUCUUAACUGGUUUUGAUUAACAUCCA